GCUUCGCAGAGCACAAAAUAAGAAUGGCAGACGCAGCUUCAAGUAACCAGGACCUUUUCACAUGCCCAAUUUGUCUUGAUCUCCUGAAAGAUCCCGUGACUAUUCUCUGUGGACAUAGUUACUGCAUGGGCUGCAUUAAGGGCUGCUGGGAUCAGGAAGACAAGAAGGGAGUCUACAGCUGUCCACAGUGCAGACAGACUUUCACUCCAAGGCCUGUUUUAAACAAAAAUAAUAUUUUUGCUGAGCUUGUGGAGCAGAUAAAGAAGGCUAUAAUUGAACCUCUUGGUCCUGCACCUGUUGUAUGUGCUGGACCUCGAAACGUGGACUGUGAUCUCUGCAAUGACAAAUUCAAAGCUGUGAAGUCGUGUCUGGAUUGUCUGUUGUCUUACUGUGAAACUCACUUCAGAGUUCACAACGAUGUCAAUCCUGGACGGAAACACAAGGUGGUGGAUGCCACAGGUCAGCUACAGGAGAGGAUCUGUGCCCAACACGAGAAGCCUCUGGAGAUAUUUUGCCGUACAGAUCAGAGUUGUAUCUGUUUUCUCUGCAUGGUGGAUGAACACAAAAGUCAUGACACCGUGUCAGUCUCUGCAGGAUGGAAAGAGAAACAGACACACUUGGGGGAGACCCAGAAAACAUUUCAGCAGAGAAUCCUGGAGAAAGAGAAGGAGCUGCAGGAUCUGAGUGGGUUGUAUGAGUCACAUCAAAGUUCUGCGCAGACAGCAGUGGAGGACAGUGAGAGGGUCUUCACUGAGAUUAUCCACUCCCUUGAGAGAAGACGCUCUGAGGUGAAAGAGCUGAUCAGAGCUCAGGAGAAGGCUGAAGUGAGUCGGGUUGAAGGACUCCUGAAACAACUGGAGCAGGAGAUUGCUGAGAUGAAGAGGAGAAAUGCUGAGCUGGAACAGCUUUCACACACAGAGGAUCACAUCCAUUUCCUCAAGACUUUCCAGUCAGUCAGUGACACACCUGAGCUCAAAGACUUGUCCUGCAUCUGUGUUAACCAAAGCCUCUCUUUUGAGGCUGUGAAGAAAUUGGCCUCUUCCCUGAAGGGGCAACUGGAGGAUUUCUGCAAGGAGGAAGUCAUGAAGAUGACUGCAGCAGUGACUGAAGUUCAGGCUAUUUUGCCAACUGAACCUGUGACCCGAGAAGAAUUCCUACAGUACUCUUGUCAUUUUACUCUGGAUCCAAACACAGCAAACAGAAAGCUCCAUCUGUCUGAAGGGAACAGGGGAGUUGAAGAGAGAAAUUGGCUACUACAGUCAUACCCUGAUCAUCAAGAGAGAUUUGAUAAGUGGUCUCAGGUGCUGUGUAGAGAGGAUGUGGAUGGGCGUUGCUACUGGGAGGUUGAGUGGAGUGGGGAGUGGAUUAAUUUAGCAGUGUCAUAUAAAAGCAUCAGCAGGAAGGGAGGUGUUGUAAACUGUUGGUUUGGAAAUAACGACCAGUCCUGGAGGCUGUCUCUCUCCGGCUCCAGCUCUUCGUUCUGCCACAAUAAUAAAAAGACUGAACUCCCUCUAGUGUCCAGUCCCAGGAUAGGAGUGUAUGUGGAUCACAGGGCAGGAGUGCUGGCCUUCUACAGCAUCUCUGACACAAUGACCCUCCUGUACAGAGUCCAGACCACAUUCACUCACACACUCUACCCUGGGUUUGGGCUAGGUGAAGGCUCAUCCAUGAAGCUGUUGUAAACCACACACAUGCAUGGGGGUUUGUGGCAAUGUUGAUGCUGUUUCUUGAAGCUUGGGUGAGCGUCUAGAAUUAUUGUAAAAUGUACAAUAUUCUGGAUUCAGAUCAGAUCAAAACUCCUAGAACCCAACAAGCAUUUGAAAAUAUUGUUGUCCUGCCUUUGUCUCUAAACAACACAUUCAACAAAGAAGGUUACGUUUGACCCCAGUAAUACAUACAUGAAGUUAUCUGUGAUCUAUAUUAAAACAGGGCCAUAGAAUUACUGAGGAUCAAGUAAAUCAAGUAGGCCUAGCUCACAGCUCCUCAGCCCUCCACAUCUUUCCAAUUCAUAGAUCUUCAAUUGUCCAGUAGAUGGCGCCCUUGUCUAUGCGUGCUACAUAGUCAGUUUUUUUGUUUGUUUGGUUUUGUCAGAGCCCCUUUAGGGAGAGCCGGUCCACUUCCUAUUAACUCCAUUGUACCGGAUUGUUCCUGCAAUCUGUUGAAAUUCCGCUAGGGGCGUUGCCGAGCAAGUGAUAAAUGAAUUGUGGUCUAUGGGGCUAAGCGGCUAGAACUCGUUUUUUUCACAGUUGACAACUUCAUUUCUUAAUGUACAUUGUCGUAGUAGCUACCUGAGUAUAGGUUUUCCACUGGAAAUGAAAUAAAAAGUCACUCAUGUCCUUUCUGCUUUUCAUAGGAUGGGCCGUUUUCCCUGUAACAUGCUAGCAUUUAGCUCAUGGAUGCUCGCGACAAUCGCGACCGAUUACGACCGUCGUGAAGCUGAACCUUCUUUUAGGUCUAUGGCCGUAAAGUGGUUCGCUUGUGUCACGUGACAUGAGAACUUUGAAAAGGUUUUUAGGAAUAACAACACAUAUGGAAAAUUGCAUUGGUCAGCUAAUUGUCAAGUCAAGUUAUCCUGCAUCGCAUGCAUUAAUGCAAUUUCAGGAGAAAAAAUUAUAUAAAGACAAAUGUGGUACUGGGGGGUUCAGCUCCAUUGCCACCCAUUCAUUCAUCACUUGCUCGCGAUCGCCCUCUAGUUGCAGUACCAUGCGGAAGUAUUUCGCUAGUGGUCCUUCUCCCCUUAUUAGACA